AUGCCCGUCCGGCGAGCCGUAGCGGCCGACAUCCCCGUCAUGGCGACGGUCCUUGCAGCAGCCUUCGGACCUGAUCGUCUGUUCCAGGUCUUGUUCCCUUUCCAACAGCAGCACCCGGCGGAUUUCGAACGGGCAUUGCGCGAGAGCCUGUGGCUUUCGUGGUACGACUACCAGAAGGUGCUGAUGGUCUCGUAUGAGACCAGAGCUGGCGAGGAAACUCCUGGUGAGGCACUCUCACACGAUGAAGCUCUCAAGAUAUCGUCGUCGAAGCCGAAUUCAUCCGUCCAAAAGGAUGGCGAAACUAUCACUGGUAUCGCUGAGUGGGAACGUGCCGGCGAAGGAGCAUUCCACAUCAAUGGACUCUGGGGACGGUGGGAUCCACGUCGAUUGGUGAAGCCCAUCCUGUCCACAUAUUUUCGCCUCAGAAGGUUUCUCUUCCGCAAUAAAGCUGCCGUCCGCCCAACAGCCGAGAACCCUCGACCGCUGACGUACUGGGCACUGGGCCCGACGCUGAUGCCAUUCAGCAUACGAUUCAUGAGCGCGCCGCACCGGCAGACACACUGGUCGCUCGAGAUCCUGGGCGUGCACCCGAGCUUCCAAGGACGCGGGUUCGGGAGGGAGCUCGUAGCGCGUGGACUGGAGAUGGCGCGAUUGGAUCCAAUGGGCGAUGUUCCUGCGUGCGUCAUGGCCGCCGACGGCAAAGAGGCUUUUUAUCAGAAGUGCGGCUUCACGGACCUGGUCGGAUAUGUGAGCAAAGCGGAGGACGGCAAGGGGAACGAGAACCCGUUGCAGAGGAAUGGUGUCGGUGGUGGCGCUGUGUUGUGGACCCGGUGA